AUGAAUAACCGCUAUGGAGCAACAACCACCGUGUCGAAUCAGAACCAACGACGGCCUUUGAUCCACGUGUUACCGGACGAGGUAGCGUUACGAGUCGUCUGCCACGCGUCCGUUAUCGGCGGAAUAAUCGGCUCAAACGGCUACGUCGUCUCAAAACUGCGACGCGAGACCGGUACAAAAAUCCACUGCGAGUCUCCGGCAGCGAACGGCUCCGAACACUGGGUGGUAUUCAUCGUCGGGUCAACCGCCGUUAACAAGAGCGUCCUGUUGACCGACAGAGUGGGAGACUUCUCCGGGGGUGAGCACGAGGGUUGGGUGACUUGCCAGGUGUCAGCUGCUCAGACGGCGUUGAUUAGGGUUUUGGAGAGAUCGUGGGCGGUUCUGGCGGCGAAGGAUAGCGGCGGAGUUGUGGCGGAGGGGGAUGAUAAUGAGGCUUACUGUGGGAUUCUAGCUGAUCGGAGUCAGGUAGGGGCUGUGUUGGGGUUGGGAGGGAAGAACGUGGAGUGGGUGAGGAGAAGCUCUGGUGCGAUGGUUAGGGUUUUGCCUCCUCCGAGUUGUGGUACGAACAGUGAUGAACUGAUUCAGAUCACCGGUGAUGUCUUAGCUGUGAAGAAGGCACUGGUUAUGGUAUCAACCUUUCUUCAAAACAAUCCACCUCUCAACGGCUAUCCGCCACCACUUUGCAGCAAAGCCUAUGACUCAUCUACUAACGAUCCUCACUCUGAAAAUUUUCCAAACCUGCGGUCUUCUUCCUUGCCCAAUGCCUCAGAAACUGCUGCGUCCAAUACUCAUACACCAUCAAGAAACCGUUUUCAAGAUUCAAAAGACACAGAACGUAAGGUUGUGUUCAAACUAAUCUGCACAAGUGUUGCAGCUGGAGGCAUCAUUGGGAGACAAGGAACUAUCAUCAGAGCUAUGCAGAAUGAAGCAGGUGCUUCUAUUUCUAUUGGAGCUCCAUUAAAAGUAUCUGGUGAACGUGUUGUUACCAUUACUGCACGUGAGAGCCUUGAGUCACGUUACUCUCAUGCACAAAAGGCUCUGAGUCUUGUCUUUGCAAGAUCUGUUGAGAUUGAUGUUGGGAAAAGUCUGUUCCCUGGUGCUUUAGUGAAAGCUAAGCUACUGGUACCCUCACAGUUUGCUAAUGACUUUGUUGGGAACAGAGAAACAGGUAUAGUAACUGGUGUUGAUAUACACAUUCCAGUAGGUGGCCAGAUUCUAGACUCUCUUUCAGAAAAUGAACUUGUGAUUGAGAUUAUGGGAGAGUAUAAGAAUGUACAAGAGGCCUUGUGUCAGGUUUCUUCUAAGUUACGGGAGAACCUAUCACCAAAGAAGGUCGUAGAAGAAGUGAGAGCUAGAGUUAGUAAUCCAUAUAAUCUGCAACCAUCACAACAAAGCACAGGCAGAGACGAUUCUCUCUCGGUAUCAGAUGGUGAACAAGACUUGAAUAUGUUAAGAAUCAGUACAGAGAUAAUGAGGUCGAUUGAUUGUAUGCACACCGAGACGAAUGAAGUCAACGGCUUGACACAGGGGAUGAAACAGCUUCAACUUUCUAGUGAUGGAUACUUGUCUUCUUUACCACCACGCAGAAGUAAAGGUGUAUCUUUAAGAAACGUUACCUUGGAGCUAGCUGUCGAGAAAGAUGCUCUUGCUGCAUUGUAUGGAAGAGAUGGUGCUGGUUUAAAUAAUCUACAACAGAUUUCAGGAGCCAGAGUUGAUGUCAAGGAUACUACAGGAGUUGAAUCUAUGGUCUUACUCUCUGGGAAUCCUGAGCAAACCCGGACAGCCAUGUCUUUGUUAAUUUCAAACCUUGCUGAUCAAUGA